ACUGCCAACAAGGUGAGAGACUGGAAUAGUUUUAAUUCACAAUUUACUCCCCAAACCCAUACCGAAACGACCAGGUACACCCUGGUUCCUAGAAUAUAGAAUCCCAGAAAUCCAGAGUUCUGGAAUUUGAGUAAUGGAACGGUCUGCAAUGUCUACUCCCUUACACUUCCAGUUUGAUCCUAAUGAGAUGAGCAAGUGUGUUGUCUAAGGACACAAAUGCCAGGAGUAAAUUUGGGGUUUGACCAUAUCAUUAUCAUCUCACCAGUGACAUUUCAGAAUAACGUUGUUUUAACAUAUCAAACCACGUUCACAAUAUACACCCUAUUCUUGUAUCAGCCCUAUGACACCAGAAUACAUAUCAUAAGCGCAGAAGACUUAGGUGAGUUGUCCAGUGUUUCCUUGCACAUUUUAAUUCUGAACUAGAAGCUGGGAUUUGGAGUCUGUCCUUCAUUUCUCCCAAUCUUCUUUCCUACAAAUAUGCACAAGAUAGUGGAACAAAUAAGAAAGUUUACUGUAAUGGUCCUUGAAGUUAAGACUAGUGGGUGAGUGAGAGCUUGAAAGUGUGUUCUAUUCUCAGAUUCUGAUGAAAUAAAACAAAGGGGAGUUCUAGUCUAUAAUGUUUAAGAAUAAAUUUUAUCAAUUACAAGAUUUAAAGGAAUAUCUUACCUAGGUUAUUUCAAGUUGGCUUAGGUGGUUUUAUAGUUUAUUUUGUAAUGACUAUAGGUUUGUUUAAGCUACUUUUAAAGACAGUUUUCAGUGAAGGAAGGAGAAGGCAAUUUUCAUGAGCCGUGUUAAUGAUGUACUUAGCUUAGGGAUAAAAAGGCAAGGUUUGAAGUCCUUAAUUUUAUUUAUGUUGACAGUUGUAUGUGUUUGUGUAACUACCACAUCAAACAAGAUAGAGAAUUCUUCUACCAUCCUGCCAUUUUCUGUGAGGUAUAGACUUCCUAUUGAUUCACCAUUUAGUAUCUUGAAAAGGGAGAUAGAUGAAAUAUGCUAUAUAGAUUGAUUUUCUCUUCUUCAUGACCAAAGGAAGGUUGAGGGCUUUUGCUUUUAGUCUGGUUAACUUCAGGAUCCAUUGUAAAAUUACUGUAAACACAGAGUGGUUUGCUGUAUCAGGGGUCAAUUUCUAUUAUUUUUGAGACAUUGUUGAAAGAUGAAGUAAAUUCUCUCAGCAGUAUUUGCCUAUCCUCAUAUUCACAUGGUUAUAAUGAUUAAUAGGUUAACUAUUUUCUUUUUAAAUGACCUCUCAACUCCUUGCUCUACCUGUACUUCAUAUUUACCACUUUUGUAAUAUAGAAACACCUUCAUUUUUUUUGAAGAGCAAUUUUUAUUUCUUGACAUACAAGUAUUUUCUAAUGACACCAGUGUAUAGAUAGCAUAAGGCCAACAUUUGAUGUUUUUUAGUGAAACUCUUUAAAUGUCUUGAUUUUCAGAAAAAAAUUAGUAUAUUCCAGAAAGCUGCCACCUUUAUUUUCUAGGGUAUCUGCACAACUAUCCAGUCAUUCAAAUUUCUUUUUCUUCUUACUUACCCUUCCCCACUCUGUCCUGUCCUCCUAUCUCAUUUCCCUUCCCUACAUUCCCUUCUUUCUUUCUCCUUUUCUCCUCUUUUUUUCUUCCUCUUCCUCCUCGUUGUUUUUGUUGUGGUGAUGGUGCCUGGAGACUGGGUUUUCACAUAGCCAGAGUUAAAUCUGCUCACCAUCCUUUAGCCUCAUGAGUGCUGGUAUUACAGGCAUUUUAGUAGAACCAUGGAAGAACUGGUUCAUGAUCUUGUCUCAGCUUUGGAGGAGAGUUCUGAACAAGCUCGAGGUGGAUUUGCUGAGACUGGAGACCAUUCUCGAAGUAUGUCAUGUCCUCUGAAACGCCAAGCCAGGAAAAGGAGAGGGAGGAAGAGGAGGUCAUAUAAUGUUCACCACCCAUGGGAUACUGGCCAUUGCUUAAGUGACGGUUCUGAUUCUAGUUUAGAAGAACCAAGCAAGGACUAUAGAGAGAAUCACAAUAGUAACAAAAAAGAUCAUAGUGACUCUGAUGACCAAAUGUUAGUAGCAAAACGCAGGCCAUCAUCCAAUUUGAAUAAUAAUGUUCGAGGGAAAAGACCUCUGUGGCAUGAGCCUGAUUUUGCUGUAGACAACCUUGGGAACAGGACUCUGCGCAGGAGGAGGAAGGUAAAGCGCAUGGCAGUAGAUCUCCCACAGGACCUCUCUAACAAACGGACAAUGACCCAGCCACCUGAAGGUUGUAGAGAUCAGGAUAUGGACAACAGAGCUUAUCAGUAUCAAGAGUUUACCAAAAAUAAAGUUAAAAAAAGGAAGUUGAAAAUAAUUAGACAAGGACCAAAAAUCCAAGAUGAAGGAGUUGUUUUAGAAAAUGAGGAAGUAAGCCAGACCAAUAAGGACAAAAUGGAAUAUGAAGAACAAAAAGUCUCCGAUGAACUCAUGAGUGAAAGUGAUUCCAGCAGUCUCAGCAGCACUGAUGCUGGUUUAUUUACCAAUGAUGAGGGAAGACAAGGUGAUGAUGAGCAGAGUGACUGGUUCUAUGAAAAGGAGUCAGGGGGAGCAUGUGGCAUCACUGGGGUUGUGCCCUGGUGGGAAAAGGAAGAUCCUACUGAGCUAGACCAAGAUUUACCGGAUCCUGUCUUUGAAAGUAUCUUAACUGGUUCUUUUCCCCUCAUGUCACAUCCAGGAAGAAGAGGUUUCCAAGCUAGACUCAGUCGCCUUCAUGGAAUGUCUUCAAAGAAUAUUAAAAAGCCUGGAGGGACUCCAACUUCAAUGGUCCCCAGUCCUGGCCCAGUCAGUAACAAGAGGAUGGUUCACUUUUCCCCAGAUUCUCAUCAUCAUGACCAUUGGUUUAGCCCUGGGGCUCGGACAGAGCAUGGCCAGCUCCUGAGAGAUAACCGAGCCGAAAGAGGACACAAGAAAAACUGUUCUGUGAAAACUGCCAGCAGGCAAACAAGCAUGCACUUAGGAUCCUUGUGCACAGGAGACAUCAAAAGAAGAAGGAAAGCCGCACCUUUGUCUGGCCCUCCUACCACAGGAUUUGUAGGUGAAAAUGCCCAGCCAAUCCUAGAAAGCAACAUCGGGAAUCGAAUGCUGCAGAAUAUGGGCUGGACACCUGGAUCAGGCCUGGGGAGAGAUGGCAAGGGCAUCUCUGAGCCAAUCCAAGCCAUGCACAGGCCAAAAGGAUUAGGACUUGGGUUUCCUCUACCAAAAAACACUCCUGUAACCACUGCCCCUAAUUCAGGAAAAUCCACUUAAGAAGGAAGACAAAAAAGAAUGCUUUACAGUUUCUAUUCUUUCGCCAUUGUAGUAAAAUUACCAGAUAGUUUCUGGGUUUGAAGCAGAAAUCUCCAUCCCCCUGAAUUCAUCUCACUAGUUCCUAAUUUCAGAUAAUCCUGCUACAGUGAGAGAUAGAAUUUCAUCAGAGUCCAUGGUGCUAAACCCUCUGCCCUUGAAGUUUGCUCAGUAAUUGCCAGUUCUUUCUAGGUAUAAAGGACAGUUUUUAUCUCUUAUUUAUUGUGGUUUUUAGAUGUCAGUACUUACUAACCCUUUACUCAAUUCAUGUAUGUGUUUAAUGUCCAAGCAAGUGUGAGAACACCCAGUAGUUUCUAAAUUUAGGCUAGGCCAGAAAAGAUUGUGUUUCCUGUCAUGCUUAUGCUGAAUAAUUUGGUCUAGAAAGAGGUCUGGUAGCCCAAAAGAUCUGGUUUCCUGUUUGAUAAAGUGCUAAACAAAUCUCUGAAAGGCUUGGCAAUUUUCUGUCCUUGAAUCUAACUUUCUUGCAAAAGGUUUCUAAGAAGAGUUGAUAGCCAUUAAAUCUCUAACUUCAUUAGGUGUACUCUGAAUUUCACAGAGGACAAGUGACAAUUUUUCCCUUGAUGUUUUGAGAAAAAUACACCUUAUCACUGUUAUCACCAUAGUGCCCUGAACAUUAUUUUACUGCAGACUUUAUAAAUUUUACCUCACUUAAAACAGAAAAUAAUUAUUGAAAGAAAAAUGUAUUUUUGAAUUCACCAUGACUGUAAAUUCUAUUCAUCCCAAUGUCUACCUCUCAUCUCCCAAAGAUCAAUUCAAGAUGUAGUCAACUGGUUUUAAAUUUUAAUCACAGAAGCAAGUUAUUAGACUAUCGAAUCAACUUAUUUGAAGACUUAAAUGGCUCUCCCAAGAAUUCCAAUUUCUGACCAUUCCCUGACAUACUUAUUUACCAGAAAUAGAGGGGACCAACCUUCCUUUUCUCAGAUAUAACCUAUUAUUUUCAAACUAACCAGGAUAGUCAGUCCUAUUCUGUGCCUAGGAUGGAGUUAUUUACAGACCAUUUUCUUUGUCAUGCCAGAGAAUCUAAAUUGUUCAUAAAAAAUGCUGAUUUGUUGUCAUCAUUAAAAGAACAAAUUAUUAUUCUAUUAAUAAUUGCCUUUGUUGGUUAAGUAAAGGUCAAGAUAACCCCUGUGAAUCCUGUGUCUAAUAGUUUUAUUUUUUUUAAUUUUUAUAAAUUGCCAAAACGGAGUUUUUAAGGCAGUAGAGAAAGCAUAGACAUGUGACAAAACUUUCUCAGGUGGUUCACUUGAAAAAAAAAAACAAAUUCUUCCAACGAGGAAGGGGAAGAUCAACCUGCCAUUCAAAAGAAAGCCUUAAUGAUUUGUCAAGUGUACACGCAUGUUCUAAGGAUUCCCCUCUUUCCUGGAAGUAUUACAAUAUGAAGGAGGAGGCAGUUAGGACACUAUACCUCCAGUGGCGUAUUUGUGUUAACUUAAAGCAACCCUGUUUCGUGAUUUCUUUCUUUCUACAAGUUUGUCAUUAGAAAAGACUUAUCCUCAUUUUAAAUGAUACUUUCCAUAUAUUCAUUCUAUUUAUGUAGUGAAGAAGAUAGGAAAGAUUAUAUACAAGUUUUGAAACUUCUUUGUAAUCAUUAUACAUUGUAUUUAACAGUGUAUUAAAAAGCUUUUUGUAAAAAAAAAAAAAAAAACAAAAAAAACUUCCUAAUCUCCUAAUAUCCCAGAAUUUCCAAAAGCUCAAUUUUGAAUCACUGAUAACAAACCCUGAGGCCUCAGGCUCCUAAGGACUUGGUGGUUGUGAUUUUUUUCUUUCUUUUUUUUCCCCUCCCUAAUUCUAAUGGAUGCAGAGCCCUCUUAGUGAAAAUGACUGGUUCAUACACCGAACAGCCAGCCAGAAGCUCCUAAUUCAACAUAUGCUGACGUCAGGAAUGCUUCUCAUUGUUGCCAUUCUGGAAAGUCUGGAAAUCUGUGAGCUUCUUAACACCCCUCCCCUUGAAAUAAAAAAUCUUAUCUUCUUACUUCCCACAAGGAGCAGGAGCUUUUUUAUCCUGAUUCCUAGAGCCUUCUCUGGCCCAUGAGGAUUAAAAGAUAGUGCAUUCUCCUGAAAUAUUUAACUGUACAGAAUCAGCACUCACCCUCACCGUAGUGAAAAGAGAACAUCCUAAGCUUCCCCUGUUCCUCUACAGGAUGCCUGCAGCACUCAGGCCCUAAGCACGGUAGGACAUUGGUGACUCACACUGUAAUCCUAGCUAAUCAAGAGUCUUGAGACCCUGGGAUCACAUUUGGAAGCCAGCCCAAGCAGGAGAAUAGU